CCCCAUGUGUGUCAGAACAUCUAUCUCGAACAACGCCUCCGGGGGCAUCAAAUGAGCAGAAUUUCGUCAGCAAAGGCGCAUCGAUCUCUCCAUCCCACGUUCACCAUGGCUCAGAGGACGAAAGUCCCUGCUUUUACUCAAGUUAUUUUUUAACCCUCACCACAUCCUGGCCGUUCUUAAUCUCUGACAGGUUGACGUCAGUGAUCCGAGGCACAUAUCUGAAGUGGUGUGUGCAUUUCCUGGGGCCCAGAGAGCGUCACCUGAAAGAAGGGGCUCGGCGCUGCCCCCACUCCGACCCCGGGAUCGGACCGGUCCGUCCCGACUAAGGGAAAGAAAGAUGGCCACUCACUUCGAGCAUGCCUCGGGCAGAACACACAGGGGGCUUUGGCAUUCCCACCAGUCCGCGAGCAUCGUACCGCAGCUCUGAGGUGCCAACGUCCACUAAGAGGUUCAGGAAGCAGUAAAUUUCCACAAUGAGGUGUCUCUGGAAGUCCCCACAGCACAUAGUUCUUCUGCUUCUUCUAUGUGGACAAGCACAAUGCACUACAAUUUGUGACAGUCUAGUCUGUGUCACUGACUACAAAGAUUACAUAACAUGUACCUGGAGAGUUGAUGCAUCACGGAAGCCUGAUGUUUCAUAUAAACUAAGUGCAAAAACGGAUGGGUAUAGUUUAUCCUGCAAUCUGAAUGCAACAGAAUGUUCCAACGAGGGCAAAGCUUUCGCUGUGUGCCGCUGUCAACUCUACGAAGAUUUCGGGAUUACAAGUGUAAACUACACUAUGACCAUCACUUCGAAGAGACGUGGAGUGGAGAUCAGCAGCGCGAAGUGUCCCGACUUCGACACAUCCGUAAACAUUAAACCUAUUGCACCAUUCAACUUCACCGUCUCACACAUCGCUCCAUGUGAGACUUACAACUUCACCUGGAAAAUAGCCUAUAAUGAGCAGGAUUACAUUAACCAAUUCGAAUACCAGCUGAGGUACAGGAGGUUGCAAGACAGCUGGGAGCUCCAGGAGGACAAAACAAGUGACCAGACAUUUCUACAGCUAGUCGCCUUGGAGCUGGCGGAAGACACGGAGCAUGUGGCGCAGGUCCGUAGCCAGCCUGCUGUGGACCCCAUGUAUAAGGGGAACUGGAGCGACUGGAGUCCCCUGCUGAAGUUCAGAACAGAUGUGUGUAAAACCAAUUCAAAGCAGCUCUCUUUGAUACCGAUUGUGUGUGGGGUAUUAAUGGUGCUCUUCAUCUUCGUUGUCGUGAUGAUCAGUAAGCCCAAUAGACUGUGGAAGAAACUGUGGAUAAUUAGCCCCGACCCAGCUCCAUUCUUCAAGCCAUUGUUUGUGGAACAUGGAGGAAAUUUCACGAAGUGGGUUAAUGCUCGAUACCCAGACGUACUGUAUGAAGUCAGUGAAAAGAAUGCGAUGGUCUUGGAGAAAGGUGACGCAGUACAGGUGUACGACAAACUCAGCACUCUCGACAAAACAUCAAUGAUGGGACUGAAGUCUUGGGAGAAGCAGCCUGACUUUCAUUCCUCGUGGCAAGCCUUAGGUGACCCAAGUACCUGUACCUCAGCUCACUCCAGGGGCCAGUUUGGGAACAACGUCCAAAAGUGGAAGGAUAAGUCCUAUGGCCGGGUCUCAAUUGAUACUGUGACAGUGACUAAUGAGUCUAAUUGCUCUUAUUGCAAAUACAAAUCCAAGCCAAGCAAAGCACCCUACAUGACCCAAUGUAAUAGUAAUCCUGCAAGAGAGAAUUCCAAUGUGCAGGAUUAUCCCCCUACCAGCCACUUUUUCACUCAUUUACACCUAUUUACGUCAGGAGUCCCUCCGCUCUGCGGUGACGCCGCACCACGAACUGACAUGCUGUCCCUGUUGCGGUCCUCUGGUGCUCUGGAUGGAGCAGAUGGAAACGUUCUAGGUCUUCAGUGCCUCAACAUUGACUGGGACCCAGAAAAUGAAACUUCCUCUCUGAACGAUGAAGAGGCCUCUUGGGCUGAUAGAAAUGUAGGCGAGGGUGGCUCGUGGAGUGACGGAAGCUUAGAUGCCAUCUCCUCCUGCAGCAGGCCGGAGCCAGACCUUGGUUAUCCAAAGAUAUCAUUGGAUUUAGACACCGUUGAUAGUGGAUUCACUGAAAAUGAUCCCUAUUUCAUGAGCACUGUUGAUUUGGCGUGUAAUAAUAGUAUGGGAGCUGAUGGGGCUGACUGUGGGAAAGAGUCAGAUGAUAACACAAAUUCCGAGGAGCUAACGCAGUAUUACAGGAGCUACGUCAAGCAGUGGGUGAAGUCCCCAGAUACUAGCGCAGACUGCAAUACUCAAGAAUAGCAUCGGCCAGCUCCUAGCCUUCGUCAAGUGGAAGCCUGCCAGAAUAUGAUCCCUACCUAGGAAAAGUGACAGCUCUCUGGGGAUUGAAUCUCCAUCAUAUAACGAUGGUUGCCCUGCGUUAUUUUUUAUUAAAUUUAGAAUGCUGUAAAGGGAAAUGUGUUAGACAACAUGUCUUCCUAUGCUGAUUUGUUAAGAUAAUAUAAGCCUCAGUAAGCAUUUCAGAAUCAGAAUCAAAAUCAGGUUUAAUAUCUCCGGCAUAGUUUGUGAAACUUUUAAACUUUAUGGCAGCAGUACUAUGCAAUACAUAAUAAUAGAGAAAUAACUGUGAAUUACAUUAAGUAUAUAUAUAUAUAUAUACAUACAAUUGUUAAAUUAAGUAAGUGGUGCAAAAGUAGAAAUUUUAAAAAAAGUAGUGAGGUAGUGUUCAAGGGUUCAAUAUCCAUUCAGAAAUUGGAUGGCAGAGGGGAAGAAGCUGUUCCUGAAUCGCUGAGUGACUUCUGGACCUCCUACCUGAUGGUAACAGUGAGAAAAGGGCAUGCUCUGGGUGAUGUGGGUCCUUAGUGAUGGAUGCCUCCUGCUGUUUGUCCUCAACAGUGUGAUCUUUGACUUGGAUUUCCUAGCUGUGUGCUACCUGGAAAUUUUUCUAAUUAUCCCAGUCUUCAAAGUCUGUAAUAUACCUCAUCCCCUGAGCUGUCAGUAGAUUUUUUUUAGCCAACAAAGGAAAUAAAUAAACUCGUCCUUGA